UGGGUGUGUGUUCACGAGCCAUGUCGUCCACCGUGAAAAGUGUGAAAGUCACCUACACGCCGGUGAAUGAGCAGGACACGUUUACGUACGGAGACCUGGUGUCAGGCCAGGUGAUCCUGGAGGUGGUGAAAGAAUGCCAGAUCGAGUCUCUGUCUGUGAAGUUCAAAGGAAAAGCAGAAGUCAUGUGGACCGAGAGAUACGGACAGACCACCGUUGUUUACAGCUCCAAGGACAAGUACUUCAGUCUGAAGCAUCACUUCAUCAAGAAGGACAAAGACGACCAACCACUUCUGUCAAGCCAGAAUGGAGACACAUACAGUAGUGUUGUUGCCCCGGGAUGCCAUACAUACCCAUUCACCUUUCAGUUCCCUUCCCAUAGGAGUUUGCCGUCCUCCUUCAAGGGUUCUGUUGGUAAGAUCGUGUACUUGCUGGAAGCCAGGCUGAGCAGAUCGAUGAGACUUGCCAAGAAAGAUUCGUCUAAGUUGAACUUCCUUGCAGGAGCUGACCUGAACAGUGACCCUAAGCUACUGGCACCACAGCAAGACUCUAAGGACAAAAAAUUGAAGUUUUUCAACUCAGGAUCAGUAGCCAUGGAUGUUCAUCUUGAGAGAACCGGCUUCUUCCAAGGAGAAGGGUUGAAGGUUGUGGCCAACAUCCAGAACAACUCUGCCCGUGAAAUCAAGCCCAAGUACACCGUGUACAGAAAGCACAGCUUCUUUGCCGGCGGGAAGAGAAGAAUGGAUACUAAAGAUGUCUUCAGGGAGGUGGGAGAACCCAUCCCACCUAAUACUAACGAAAUUGUGACGAGGUUCAUCGCCAUUCCCCAUGAUGUGGAGCCCUCCAUCCACAACUGCAGCAUCAUCACAGCAGAACACAGACUUAGGGUCUGUCUCGAUGUCAAAUAUGCUUCAGACCCAGAGAUCAAGUUCCCCAUUGUCAUCCUGCCGGCGGGUCAGGGUUCUGCUGUGGCCCCACCACCUGCUGACUCUGACUUUGGGUGUGGAUUCCCGAGCGAAAAAUCCGGUAAUCCAGAGAUGGUAGGCUGGGGCGCCGCAGCACCACAGCCGCCGACCCAAGCCUUUGGUCCCCCCCCUGCCUACAGCGAACACGAGAUGUACCCUCCUACGACAGAUUAUGACAACAAGUAUGAGUCCUGAGAAGAUGCGUCGACAUUUCAAGGAAAUGGAAUUAAGAGAAAAGGAAGAAAAGGAAAAUUAGAUUCAUUCUUUAUGUAUAUCACUGUCCUUGUUAUGACUUUCCUUAACUAUAAAUGUUUUUAUAGACGAAUGACCAAACUGCGCUGUAGUGAAACAAGCUACCUCUUUCAAUACUUUACUUUUUUGUAUGAUAGAGGUCAUUUGUUUUUCUAAAAGUGAGAAUGUAUUUUAUUUCAUAGACAUUGCUUUUACCUCCUGCUGUAUACUUUGUAUUGUAUUGUGCAAGUAUUCAAGCUAUUUCAAAGUCGGUCUUUAGGCUGAGUGAUCUUGUGAUGUGUUUUAUUCAAUUUAACUUUUUCAACUUAUUGUCCGUUACAUUUCUUUAGGAAAAAGCUUUUGAAAUAGACUUGCAGACUGUUACCUGGUUUCCAAAUGAACACUGAUUAUCUAGAGUUACUAUGACAUUGUUUCUGUACAAAGGAGUCAUGGCACAAAAUACUUGUUUCAAGAUUUUGUUUUUGCUCAGAACUGGUUAAUAGUAAAGGAAGUGAGAAUUCUACUUCUCAGCUGUUACCCUUUUAGAGUGAAUGUAAAUAUUGACUGAAAUCCUUCCCUGUCAAACAGCUGUAACCCAGGAACAAUAAAGUAUUAAAAUUGA